AUGCUACCACGCUUUGCGCCAUACAAGUACUUUUUCUUCGCCCUAGUCAUUCUGGCGGUCUCACUCAUACCAUUUUCUUCUUUGCUUUCCCGCAGUGGCCUUCGACUAGCUCAAUUGAAGCAGCAUUUGUACCCCUCCCCCGCAGUUGCUCUACCAAAGACUUCAAGCUCCAUCCAUACUUUCAACAAAUCCAUUGCGACCAUGGCAUACGAAAAGGAGCUCGAAACAGCUCUUCUAGCCGUUCAGCGCGCCGCACUUCUUACCAAAUCCGUCUUCUCGUCCCACUCGAAGGGCACCCUCACCAAGUCGGAUGCUUCUCCCGUCACAAUUGGCGAUUUCGGCGCCCAAGCCCUUAUCAUCGCAUCGAUAAAACACGUGUUUCCCGAAGACGAGGUUGUUGGUGAGGAGGACGCAGACGAUCUCCGCGCGAACGACUCUCUGCGCGACCUAGUUUGGGACCUGGUCACGGCAGCCAAGCUGGAAGACAGUGCGGCAGAGGACAAAAUUGGGGGACCAAUCAAGAGCAAGGAUGCAAUGCUAGAGGCCUUGGAUAGCGGCAGGAGCGCUGGAGGGAGGAAGGGCAGGAUCUGGGCGCUAGAUCCUAUCGACGGGACGAAGGGUUUCUUGCGUGGUGGACAAUACGCUGUGUGCCUUGCUCUUAUGGUAGACGGUGUACCAACCGUUGGUGUGCUUGGAUGCCCCAAUCUCCCCGUUGACGACAAAGCAGCCCUCGAUUCUUCGAUAGGUACCGACGCAGAUUCUGGAGAGGGCAAGGGCGUUCUGUUCAGCGCUGUGAAGGGCGGGGGAGCAUCGAGCCGGCCACUAGGUAAGGCGGGACUACAAGAGGCGAAGAAGAUUUCGAUGAAGCCUAUCACCGAUAUCAGCGAAGCCACUUUCUGUGAAAGUGUAGAGGCCGGUCAUUCGAGCCACGGCGACCAGGCAAGCAUCGCAUCCAAGCUCGGCAUCACCAAGGCCAGCGUUCGGAUGGACUCGCAAGCCAAGUACGCUUCCAUUGCGAGAGGAGCAGGUGACUUAUACCUCCGACUACCGGUCAGCAAGUCGUACGAGGAGAAAAUCUGGGACCACGCCGCUGGUGUUGUCAUCGUACAAGAGGCCGGAGGCGAAGUCACUGAUGCACAUGGCAAGCCGUUGGACUUUGGCAUCGGCAGGACACUGAAGGAGAACAAGGGUGUCGUAGCCGCACCUAAAGCGGUCUUCCCCAAGGUCAUCGAGGUAGUGAAGGAAGUUCUCAGCGCAAAGCAAUAG